ACCUCCGACGUUCCUUCAUAAUUUCGAAAUUUCCGUUUCAUAAUCACUCGAAUCCAUGUGAAGAAGCGUCGAUCUUUCCAAUGUUAUUCGUUUGAUGGUUAACUUCGCCUGAAGAAGAAUUUACAGAUCCAUUAUCUCCAUGACGAUCCAGCUGAAACAACAACUAUUGGCACCAGAGGCUCCACCACCAGAAAACAAAAGCAUCCGGCAGGAAGAUGCAGGUGCAGUUUUCGUGCUUGAAUCAAAAGGGGAAUGGUGGCACGCCGGUUUUCAUCUGACUACUGCUAUAGUGGGGCCCACCAUACUGACGUUACCGUAUGCGUUUAGGGGGUUGGGAUGGGGUCUUGGAUUCUUUUGCCUCACGAUCAUGGGGGUGGUUACUUUUUACUCUUAUUAUCUCUUGUCCCUGGUUCUUGAGCACUGUGAGAAAGCUGGUCGGCGCCACAUCCGUUUCCGGGAGCUAGCCUCUGAUGUCCUGGGGUCUGGUUGGAUGUACUAUUUUGUAAUUUUUAUUCAAACCGCCAUUAACACUGGCAUAAGCAUAGGAGCAAUCUUGCUUGCAGGGGAAUGCCUUCAGAUAAUGUAUUCUAGUGUUUCUCCGGAUGGGCCCAUUAGACUGUGGCAAUUCAUAGCGAUGGUGACAGUGGUCAUGAUGGUUCUAUCUCAGUUGCCAUCAUUUCACUCCCUCAGACAUGUCAACUUGGCUUCACUUUUCUUGAGCUUGGGCUACACAUUCAUUGUCGUUGCCGCAUGUAUCCAUGCAGGGAUAUCGAAAAAUGCACCCCCAAGAGAUUAUUCUUUAGAAGAUUCAAACUUUUCAAUGGUUAUGAGUGCCUUCACUUCUAUCUCAAUUAUAGCUGCCAUAUAUGGGAAUGGAAUUGUCCCUGAGAUACAAGCAACAUUGGCUCCACCAGUAACCGGGAAGAUGUUCAAAGGGCUUCUGAUGUGUUAUUCUGUGAUUUUCCUUACCUUUUACUCGGCUGCAGUUUCUGGAUACUGGGUGUUUGGCAACAAAUCUAGCUCAAACAUUCUUAAGAGUCUCUUGCCCGAUGAGGGACCUGCCUUGGCUCCAACUUGGCUGCUGGGACUUGGAGUUAUUUUCGUUCUGCUCCAACUCUUUGCCAUUGGCCUGGUUUAUUCUCAAGUAGCUUACGAGAUCAUGGAAACAAAAUCCGCCGACGUGAACCAAGGGAUGUUCUCAAAACGAAACCUAAUCCCCAGAAUAAUUCUGCGGUCACUGUACAUGAUGUUUUGCGGGUUUUUUGCAGCAAUGCUGCCGUUCUUCGGAGACAUUAAUGGCGUAGUUGGAGCUCUUGGUUUCAUUCCGUUGGAUUUCAUCCUCCCAAUGCUUCUCUACAACAUGACUUACAAGCCCUCAAGAUCUUCAUUCACAUAUUGGAUCAACAUCAUAAUCAUGGUGGUAUUUACAGGUGUUGGGUUGUUGGGCUCCUUUUCUUCGGUAAGAAAGUUGGUUCUUGAUGCUAGCAAGUUCAAGCUCUUCAGUGAUGAUGUCAUUGAUUGAAGACAUUUACAAAGGCAGAUGCAAACUGUACAACUGCUACUGCAGAGAAGUGUAUAUCUUGAACUGUUGCUUGGAAACCCCAAUUUGGGGGAUCAUACAAAAUAGACAUUUGGUUUUGUU